UAGUCAUAUUACGUUCAAAUAGAGACUCUACCAAACAGUGAUCGCAACGCAAGGCAGUCAAGGAAAGAGGCAACAAAAGCAAUGAAGAAUGUGAAGAUGAUUGCCAGUUUUGUCUUGCUGUUGUGCUUCACAAAGAAGGCUUUGUCAUAUCCAGGUGGAGCACCUGAAAGUCAGUGUACUGAUAUGACUCCUCAAGGUUCCCAUGGCAGUGGACGUCCACAUAACAAUUCUCCAUUUGAAAUCACAUCAUCUGCUAUUCCUGGUGGAUAUAUUCCAGGAGAGAUGUACACUGUGACUAUUUCUAAGAAACAGACUUCAGAUCCCGAUUUCAAAGGUUAUUUAUGUCAAGUUCGUCAAGUUGGUCAGACUGCAGCGUUUGGAACAUUUACACCAAGAGAUACAACCAAGUCUAAACUAUUGGAUUGCACUCGUGCAAAUGAUGCAGUCACUCAUACAAAUAGAGAUACCGUAUCUGAGCAAGUUUUUGAGUGGACACCCGGACGGCUGGGAGUUGGAACCGAUGUGCAAGUUGUGUGUACUGUAGUUCAACAAACAAGCACUUUAUGGGUGAAGCUGCUUUCAGCAACUUUUCAGGAAUUGGAGUUGAAUGGAACACUUCCCCCUGAACCAAUAACACCAACAAUUGAAAUUGUUCCCGUUCCAAUCGACUUUACCGGCUGUGGUGAAACGAAAACUUGCUAUCGAACACCGAGUGAUUGCAAUUCAGCAUCAGCAUGUAACUUUGGUGUUGCAAUAACAUAUGAGGCAAAUGCUGACACAGUGACAAUCCUUCUUGUGUCAAACAGUGGAGGCUAUGCGGCUGUUGGUUUCUCACUAGAUGAUUUAAUGGGACAUGAUGAUGUUAUUGCUUGUCAGAGGAAUACACGUAAUCAAGUGUUUGCUAAGGACACAUGGAAUCCAAAUGGUCACAGUCCGAACAAAUUAGAUACAGAUGAUUCUAGCAUUGUGUCAUUUAAUGGUUCAUAUACUGACGGCGGCAUUGCAUGUAUUAUUGUAAGAAAAGUGACUCCUGCUGAUACCAAUGAAGAUUAUGAUUUGACAAAGAGCUACAGACUAUUGUUCGCAACAUCGCCUGCACUAGGUGGCCAAUCUGAAAGUCUUUCUCAACACAAAAUUGUUCCUGCGGUGUCUUCUGAACUGGUUGAUUUGGGGAUACCGCAAGUGAUCUCUGUUGAAGGAAAACCACUUCUUAAAGCUCAUGGUAUUUUGAUGGUGUUGGCAUGGAUUACACUGGCAAGUACCGGGAUUCUGUUGGCUCGUUAUUACAAAGUUGUGUGGCCAACAGGAAAAUGGUUUGAAGGUCAUCGAUUUCACAUGAUUGUUGCUGUUCUCAUUACCAUCAUUGCGUUCAUUAUUAUCUUUGUUGAUGUGAAAGACUUUGUCUAUGACAGCAACAACGAGUCUCAACACAAUGCGCAUCCAGUCCUUGGAGUUAUUGUUGUUUUCUUGGCUCUUGCCAAUCCUAUCAUGGCUGUUUUUCGGUGCCAUCCGGGCACUCCAGAUCGAUUUAUUUUUGAUUGGGCACACUUUCUUGUUGGCAUCUCAGCUCUUAUACUUGGAAUUGUCACAGUGUUUCUUGGGAUUGAUUUUGCUCGCGAGGUUCACUUCAGCGAUCUCAGUAACAAUGCUUCAAUUAUCCUUGGCGUGUGGCUUGGCAUUCAGAUAGUUCUGUGGGUUGUGUUGGAAAUCAUUUCUCAUCAGCAUAAAUCAAAAAAAGUUUCUUCAUCUGAUACGGAAAUGAAGGCAAAAGGCACUGAUGCCGCCAAUGGUGACAAGGAACCACCAAAAGAACCAUCCGAGGAUGCUACCAUUCGUCAGGGACUGUUGAUCUUAUACGUGGUUGUCAGCGUCGUACUCUCUCUCGUUGUGAUGAUUUACAUCGGCAUUGCAGAGGUUUAGUUGUGGACACAAUUUUGACUGGUCAUGAGGCAACACUCUGUGUGUAUGUUUUAAUUUGUCUACAAUCUGAAUGUAUUGAGAAUAUGCUUCAUAAAUGUGAUGAUGAUAGUUGAUGAUACUGAAUAUGAGUAGCGAUGUUUACCAAGCAAA